AGGCACAAGAUGUGGCUGUUCAUUGCAGUCCUGUUUUUCGUACAAGCACCCACGAACUCCGAAGACGCCGGCAAGCAGAAAAAGGCUCUAAAUCCCGAGGCUUCCAUGAACGUUAGCCAAAUCAUCUGCCACAGAGGGUACCCCAGUGAGGAGUAUGAAGUCCUGACUCGGGACGGCUACUACGUCCGCCUGAACAGAAUUCCUCAUGGAAGAGAAAAGCCAAGGAACAGAGGGGCCAAGCCAGUGGUGUUUCUCCAGCACGGGAUAUUCGGAGAAGGCAGCCACUGGGUGGAAAAUCUGGCUAACAACAGCCUUGGCUUCAUCCUGGCAGACUCUGGCUAUGACGUCUGGCUGGCAAACAGCCGGGGAACGAGCUGGUCCCGCAGACACGAGCACCUUUCAGCUGACCAGGCUGAAUUCUGGGAUUUCAGCUUUCAUGAGAUGGCCAUGUACGACCUGCCGGCCAUGGUGGACUUUGUGCUGCAGAGGACUGGACAGAAGCAGCUCUACUACAUUGGCUACUCCCAGGGCUGCACCAUCGCGUUCAUUGCGUUCUCAGCCAUGCCCGAACUGGCUCAGAAAAUCAAAAUGUUCUUUGCCCUGGCUCCUGUGGUGACAGCCAAUCACACCAGAAGUCCCUUCAUGAAAAUACCCUUCCUUCUGGACAAGAAUCUCAAGAUGAUUUCACUGCUGCUCGGCAGGACGGACGCGACCCUGCGCAUGAGGAGGGUGUGGAGGUUCCUCCCCCAGCUGUGCACACACAGGCUGCUGCACAAACCCUGCGCCAGCCUCCUCUUUCUGCUGGGUGGCUUCAACGAGAAGAACCUCAACAUGACACGGCUGGAUGUGUACACAUCCCACUAUCCGGAUGGGACCUCUGUCAAAAACAUAGUUCACUGGGCCCAGGUGGUGAAAUCAGGAGAAUUCAAAGCCUUUGACUAUGGCAGCAAAAACACCGCCGUGUACCACCAGGAUACAUCACCCUUCUACCAGGUGGAGGAGAUGCCGGUGCCCACAGCGGUGUGGUCGGGAGGGGAGGACUGGGCAGCUGACUGGAGGGAUGUCCGCCUGCUGCUGCCCCGCAUUGCCCACCUCGUCUCCUACACCCACAUCCCCGACUGGAGCCACUGGGACUUUGUCUGGGGCUUGGAUGCUCCCGGGCGCCUCUACAGCAGCAUCCUGGAGCUGAUGGAGGGUUCCCGGUAG